AUGAUCUUGAAGACAAAAACGACCUUGAAUGAGCUCCUUAGCGAACUGAAGAACCGCCUACCAUCACGCUGGAUUUCUGAGGUGCCGAUUCCUCGAAGAAGACUAGUAUGGGUUGAGGGUAGGAAGGAUAUCAAUGUGAGCUUGGGCAUGUACAAAGCAGCGUAUGCUCUAGGCAUCACGUUAGUGAUCAUCGACAACCCGGGACACUGGCUUGAGGAUAACGCUGGAGCAUAUGCCUACUUACGUGAGGCGUUUAUUCCUGUGCGCAUAGCUGCCGACGAGGGAUUUGUUGAGCGGAUCCUCAGCGCUGUUCGCGCUUACGAUAAACCCAUCGACGGGGUCAUGACCGUUAGCGAUGCCCGCCUCCAAGGUGUGGCCGAGGUGUGUGACAUUCUAGGUCUUCCAACGUCGCCAGCAUCUGCCUAUGCCAUAGCUGGCGACAAAGCGAAGACAAGGAUGCUUGAGCCUGAUACCAGUGGUGCUUACGCUUUCGAAAGCGUUGCCGCAUUGGAGAAGCAGCUCGGGCCAGGGGGCCUACUUGAUGGUCUGCAAUACCCCGUCAUAGUCAAACCAUGUAUUGGCUGGGGUAGCGAAUGCAUCAGCAAAGUUUCCAACGACAAGGAACUGGUCGUUGCCGCUCAGAAAGCAUCUAAUAGACACGCCAACUCGCCCCAGCGUCGCGCAGAUUUCUUAAUAGAAAGAUAUGUGGACGGCCCAGAAGUAGAUAUCAACUUCGCGCUUCAGGAUGGCAAGGUUGUCUUCUACGAGGUAGCCGACGAUUACCCAAGUCGUGGCGACUUCCCCGAUGCUAGCGCUGUGGACAACUUCCAGGAGACCGCCAACUUGCUACCGUGCGGUCUUCCAGAAUCCGAACUGGCGCUCGUACGUGACCACGUUCAUCAAAGUAUUCUCCGUAUGGGCUUUGUCAAUGGCACGUUUCACUGCGAAGCUCGUAUUGAGAAUUCUUCAAUGGCCUUUGAAUUGAAAGAUCGCAGACUUGGAGACCUGUACUCGACAGAGAAGCAGAACGCACCGCCCAAGGUUUACCUUCAUGAGAUCAAUGCCCGCCCUGCAGGUUAUCUGGAGUCAGUUGCGACGAAUGUGACCUGGGGAGUUGAUUACUACGCGUUACAGCUAGUGUUUUCACUCGGCGAUAUGAGCCGAUAUUCGAGCUUGUCUGAGCCCUUCCGCAAUGGACCGCAGUGGUACCUGGCCCUUCUAUUGGUUCCUGAGGAGGGAGUUGGGGUAAUGAAGACCCCAGAUACCGUGAAAGAUCUAAUGGAAAGACAUGAUGAUGUGAGAGAGGCAAUUGUUGACUACAACACGGUCAUCAAAGGUGGCGAUAGACUCUUUGGCCCAUCUGCCAGUGAGCUAUCGUAUCUAGCGUACAUUUCUGUUGUUUCAAAGAAGUCUAGAAAAGAGUGUCUAAGACUGGCAAACAAGACUCUGGAAGAGUUUAGAUAUGAACUGGAAUAA